CUAGCAUUGCAUGGGAAAUGCUUGUGAUACGAUAGUCUCUCUGCAAAUAAUAGAUUGUGUGCGAGUCUGGGUGUGGGUCACAUGGUGCAUAUAAAGAAGAUGAAAGUGAAAGAAAACUAAGCUCUAUAUCAGAAGUGAGACAGGGAGAGAGAAGAAAGGUAGAUAAAAAGGAGAGGAUUCAAAAAAAGAGAGAAAAAGAAGUGAGAUCAUCCACAAAAACUGGGUGAUAGAGAAACAACUUAGUUUAUGUGAAGGCAAAAGAGGAUCAUCCACUUCUUAAAGGAACAGGGUGCAACUACUCUGCAGUAAAGGAACCCCAGAAGGCAUAUCGUGUCUUCGAAACCACCUCAAUUAAGGCCUCACCCCAACAGACACACGAUGCUGCCAACACUUUCUGUAUAUGAGCCCCCAUGCGGAGGGUUUAGCUUUGAGAACUGCCCCAGGAACACCUUUCUGGAGGAACAGGGACCAAAACUUGGCCUUCAACCACCAAAAGCCAGGAAGACAGGGACCACUAUUGCUGGAAUUAUAUAUAAGGAUGGGGUGAUAUUAGGAGCAGACAGAAGAGCUACUGAUGAUAUGGUAGUUGCUGAUAAAAACUGUGCCAAGAUUCAUUACAUUACUGACAAUAUAUACUGCUGUGGAGCAGGAGUGGCUGCUGAUGCAGAGAAUGUGACUCAGCUUCUGUCCUCAAACCUCCAUAUUCAUGCAAUGACCACUGGAAGACAGCCACGAGUCUGCACUGCUAACCGAAUCCUAAAACAGUUUCUGUACAGAUACCAGGGUCACAUCGGAGCAUCUAUUAUAGUAGGCGGAGUGGAUAUUAAAGGUCCCCAACUCUACAGUAUAUACCCACAUGGAUCAACCGAUAGAGUCCCAUUCACUGCACUCGGAUCUGGAUCUGCUGCAGCUAUAGCUGUGUUAGAGGACCGUUUCAAACCUAAUAUGGAGCUGGAAGAAGGGAAGCGCCUUGUUACUGAGGCUAUCACUGCAGGAAUUAUGUGUGACCUGGGUUCAGGGAGCGGAGUAGAUCUAUGCAUAAUUACCAAAGAAGAGGCACGCAUCCUAAGAGGUCACACAACCACUGAAACCCGGGGAAAGAAGAUGGCUUCUUAUCGUUAUGCUCGUGGCACAACCCCUGUACUGGGAGAAACUAUCACAAGACUGGAGUUGGUAGAAGAAUCUGUUCAGAUAAUGGAAACUGAUGAAUCAUGUUAGUCAAUGCAAAUUUACUGGGGGUACCAAUGUGUUAGGCACCUUCCAGUGAAUAUGAUUGCUUACCUUAAGAGGCCAUACACAGAAAAAUUUGCCAAAUGAGUGACAGUUCUCCCACCUGAAGGUGGGCGAUAUUGGGUCAAUUUGAUCGUUUUAGUUAUAGUCAAACAAUCAAAUUACACCAGUGGGCAUAGGCGUCAUCUGACUGAGGACCACAUCAAUAAGUGGAUGCAGUCCCCAAUCCAACAGAAAAUCAAACCUGCCAGAUCAAGAUCUGGACAAUUUUUGGGGUAAGCCCGUUGGGGGUGCCCAUACACGGGCAGAUAAGCUACUAAAUCGGUCUGAAGAACUAGAAUCAGCAGCUAAAUUCUGCCCAUCUUUAGACUCCUAUUUGCCUAAAGGGAAAACCAAAUCGGGCUACAAUCUCAUUAGCACUGCAACACCAUCUCUGCUCAUGUCACUGCAAUCUAAUUUGAUGUCCCAGACAGCCCGCAUGCACACAGUAGAGUAAAAAUCCAAACUUAAAAGUCAAAGUUCUGAUCUUUACUUUUCUAAUUAUGACAGCGAAAGGAACCCUGGGACACUGACAGAUAUUGCUGUGUUGUGCUCAAUGGAUAGUACCCCAGGCUGGUGAACUUUUUAGCAAAUAGAAGAGCCUGCCUGGAGUUUAAAGGAACAGUAAC